AUGAAUCAAGAUAACGACACUACUAGAGGAGAAGAGGUAAUGAGCAACCUAAUAUUUGGAUCUGGCUACAAUAGGAGGGACUGGGCCAUCGAAGAGACUGAAUUUAAAGUUUUUGAUCCCAAGGAAAGGGGAAACAACGAGGCACCUGAUGAAUCACAUACCACCAAGGCCCUUCAAGCAAGAAAAGAAGAACCUGUCAAUGAAGCCGAUAUGGAUUCACUAUUGGAACUUAAGGUAUCCGCUUCUCAAGCCUCUAAUGAGAAGAAUGCUACAUCAAGCUCAACUCCGGCAAUUUCUAACGUUUAUGAUCCUCGAAAUCAAUUGAAAUCGCUCGUAAAGAAUGCUCAGAGGAACAAGGAAGCCCUUGAUAUAAGAAAUGAACAUAUCAAGGAGACAAAGAAGCAGACUAGAAGCAGAUAUGGAUGGUAG